CGCAUUGUCGUUUUAGUACCUCUUGGUGCAGUCCUUGUCUUUCUCUCUGGAAAGUGCUAAAAACACACCUUCGUCUGCAAGCUUCCCUUUCUUUCUUCGUCUUCUUCACCACAGCACACCUCAAAUCUCAAUUUCAAUCUCCAUCGAAGAUCCAAAACCCCAACCUCUCUCUGUAAUGCCAUUGACAUUGACGACGUCAACCAAUUGCACCUCGGAGAUCGCCUCGCCAGGCCUCUGAUCAGAGCCCUUGUAAUUUGCGUCGUUCACUCGGCACAUUCGAACGACUCUUCUGCAUUUUUCGUUUUUGGGAAUGGGAGCCGUACCUUCUACACCGCGCUGGGGUGGCAGCAGCUCCGCCGCGCGUCCACUGGACACGGCGGAGUACCUGAUCUCUACUUUCAUCGGCGACGAGUCGUUUCCUAUCUCCUCCGAUUUCUGGUAUAAACUCCUCGAACUCCCUCUCAACCUCCAGUGGCCGCCUCACCGCGUUCAUGAAGCUUGCCAGGCUCUUGCACGAAACAACUACCAUACCAGGCAUCUUGCAAAAAUUUUGAUCCACAUGGCAUGGUGUUUGCAAGAAUCUAUUUCAACUUCUUCUGGUGCACCUUCUCUUGUUUAUGUGAAAGCUGUUAAUGCAGUGUACAUUUCAUCUGUCUUUUUAAAGUACUUCAUUGAAAAUGGAAAGGGAGACAAGAUUGAAGACUUGUAUUUGUCCCUAGAUGAAAGUGAGCCAAUCCCAACAGAUAUUACAAAAGAUCUAAACGUUGAGGAUUUUGUUAUGUGUAGUGUGCUUAGCUUUAUUGGGUCAAUAGAUGUAAGUCCUGAUACAUACCUCCUUCAUUUGGAGCUGCUUAACUUCAUGCUGAUUGCAAUGUCAACUCAGCUGCUUUCUGGGCCAUCUCCAGGACCAGAAGAUGUGAACCCAUUCAUCGAUGCAGCAAUGUCUCAGGAAAGUUCUUUGGUUAUCUUGGUUGUGCGUAAACUGCUACUCAGUUACAUUACGGGACCUUCAAUAUCCUUGAAUAGUGCAUCUUAUUCUAUAUAUUCUGAAGGAAGUCAGCCUGGUGUUUUACAAAGAGUUAGUUCCGCAGCUGCAAAUCUCAUGUUAUUGCCAUUCAACUUUCUGGCCAGUUCAAGUGGUGAAGGCUCAAGAAGUCUGUUAGCAGACUGCAGUCUCCAUGUGUUGCUUAUUCUCAGUCAUUAUCGUAAAUGUGUUGUGGGCAAUGAACCAAUUACAGAUAUAAGUAAUGACACCACUGCUUCAGAAUCCCUUUUAAAAGGGAGUACGCAUUUUUCUGAUAACCCUUACUGCAAGGCCUUAGAACAUGCAACGGAUGUUGAAUUUGAUCGUGUAGAUACUGAGGGUAAUGCACAUGCUGGUCCAGUUUUGAGGAUACCUUUUGCUUCUCUGUUUGAUGCCCUUGGAAUGUACUUGGCUGAUGAGGCUGCUGCUCUUUUGCUUUACUCUUUGUUGCAAGGGAAUGCUGACUUUCUGGAGUAUGUCUUGGUGCGAACUGAUUUGGAUACAUUGUUGAUGCCUAUUCUGGAAGCAUUAUACAAUGCUCCAAAGAGGUCCUCUAAUCAAAUCUACAUGUUGCUGAUUAUUCUCCUCAUACUUAGUCAGGAUUCUUCUUUUAAUGCCAGCAUUCACAAAUUGAUAGUUCCUAGUGUUCCCUGGUAUAAAGAACGUCUCCUCCAUCAGACAUCUCUUGGUUCCUUAAUGGUCAUUACCCUGAUAAGGACAGUGCAGUAUAACCUAUCUAAGUUGCGGGAUGUUUAUCUCCAUACAACUUGUCUAGCAACUUUGGCGAACAUGGCACCUCAUGUCCACCGUUUGAGUGCAUAUGCAUCCCAGAGAUUGGUCAGCCUUUUCGAUAUGCUCUCUCGAAAGUAUAACAAACUAGCAGAGAUGCGAGAUAAUCAGAUGCGAUUAGUCAAAGGCAACUCAAUAGAAGGAAAUGGUCUUGCAGAUGAUACAUCAACAGAGAUGCAUAUAUAUACUGACUUCUUGAGACUUGUCCUUGAAAUAUUAAAUGCAAUUUUGACUUAUGCCCUGCCACGGAAUCCUGAGGUUAUAUAUGCAAUAAUGCACCGGCAGGAGGUCUUUCAGCCUUUCAGGAAUCAUCCACGCUUCAAUGAGUUGCUUGAAAACAUUUAUACUGUAUUAGAUUUUUUCAAUAGUCGCAUGGAUGCCCACAAUGUGGAUGGUGAAUGGUCGGUAGAGAAAGUACUUCAAGUCAUAAUCAUUAAUUGCAGAUCAUGGCGGGGUGAAGGGAUGAAGAUGUUCACACAGUUGCGGUUCACAUAUGAACAAGAGAGUCAUCCAGAGGAGUUCUUUAUUCCAUACCUUUGGCAGCUAGUUCUAUCCCGCUGUGGACUCGGUUUCAAUCCUGACGCCAUAAAUUUGUUUCCAGUUGAUCCUCCUUCCGAAAAACAGAGUGAUUAUGAAGUAUCGUCCAACGGUCAUGUAAACGGAGAGUCGACCAAGCUUGCAGUGUUUGUUGAGCCAUAGAUGUGAUAUAGACUGAUGGCACAAGAUAUGCUGAGGUUUCUUGGUGGAUAUGUAAAUACGUGAAAUAGUAGAAAAUGUAUUCUUCUCAUUCUUUUCUGUUUAUAUGUUUGCCAUAAUAGAGGCCUUUUUACCGAGAUGUAAUCUAAAAUCCCCGCUGUAAUGACUAAUGAAUAAGAGAAGAUGCUCAUUUCCAUC